UGUGUCGCAUUUAUGUACGUCGGUGUGUAAAAUGUUGGCUUAAAGUCAGCGGCGAACGAAGUAAAUGCGGUGACAAGCGACAUACACAUAAUACAAAAUAGAGAGAGUCGCAAAUUGAAAAUAAAUACAAGAGGUGGAGAGAAGUAGGCAAACGACAAAACCAAACGAAAAAAAAAAAUACACACAACAUUUUCGGUGUAAAUUGGUUGUUUUUCCACAAAACAUUUUUUUUCGGUUGGAAUUUUUUUUCCAAAAAUCGAUUGAAACGCAGAAUUUCUGUGAAAUAUCAAUUGUGUUAGAAAUUACAAGAGCAAAGAAAAAAAAACAAUAAAAGUGUGUGUGCAUAAAGUCAAAUACAAUUGCGUACGAUAAAAGAGAAGAAAUAAAAUAUGUCGGAAAAUGCAAAGAAUUCAGACGAAACGGUGGUGGACGAUAAGAAGGCCGAUGCCACUGAAAAUGAUAAGUCCAACGCAAGCAGCGUUGAAAAUAAUUCGGUCAAUAACAAAUCUGAAAAAGCAGGGAAUACAAAAGCAACAGUGAAUUCAUCCAAGCCGAAUGAUGAUACGGAUAAGAAUGCAAAAAAGUCCAACGAUGAUUCGGCCGAUGCCGGAAAAGAUGGAACCCCAUUGGGUGAAAUUCCAAAAAUUGAAAAAUACAUUACCAACACACGAAUAGAUGGAUUGCAAACUCUAUACCAGAUUUGCUUUCAAUCAGUUGGUAAAACGAAUGUGCUGAAGAAAAAUCUCCGGCAAUUUGAUGGUUUCGAUUUUGACAUUGAUUCCACUGAUUUCAAAAAGCGUUUGGAUUCCACACAAAAGCUUGAGCUGGCCAAAUUAAAAGCUGUAUGUGAAGGUCUACAAUUGGAUAAAAAAGGACCAAAAGAUGCCAUUUGUCAGCGGAUAUGCGAAUUUCUGAUUGCACCACACAAAAUUGAUGCGCCAACUGAUGACGAAGAUGAAGAUGACGAGGAAGAAGAGGUUGAAGAAGAAGAGGAAGACGAGGAACCAGAAAAACCAAGGCCGAAAGGACGUGGUACUUCUCGAAAUGUUUCAAAAACUGGUCGACCACGUCGAUCAACAGCUGGACGUGGCAAAGAUACUUCGGCAACGUAUGUCGAGUAUUCUAGUAGCUCGGACGAAGAGGAAAAAUCGGUGAAUCGUAGUAAACCAGUGAAACGUAGACGUGAUGAUUCUGAUAGUGGAUCUGAUUAUAAUCCAUCUGGAUCGGGUGAUUCGGAUGCAGGAAAGAAAGGUGCACGAUUUUCUGCACGCGGUCGACCAGGAAGCCGACGCAGUGCACGUCGUCGCCGAUCCACUUCAGAAGAAGAAGAAUCAUCGCCGACAUCGGACGAUGAUUACAGCGAUGAGCCGAAGAAAAAGAAAGUGGCACCACCACCACCACGUGGUCGUAGUGCACCAACACGUGGUCGAGGUCGCAAAGCAAAGGAAACUGAAUCGGAAGUGAGUGAAGAUGAAGAAGAGGAAGCGUCUGAACCUGAAAGCGACCAAAGUGAGGAGUCGCCAAAACGAAAAGCGCCCACAAAGAAUAAUGCUAAUAAUAAAAGCACACCGCAACGUUCAAAACGCGCAGCGGCCGCAACAAAGACGCUAAAAGAAGAAAGUAGCGGAGAGAAUGAAUCUGAAGACGAUGAACCAUUGUCGAAGAAAGCGAAGCCAUCGCCGCCAACGGAUGAUGAAAUAAAGAAAAUCGUCAAAGAAAUCCUGGACAAAGCGAAUUUAGAAGAGAUCACAAUGAAAACAGUUUGCCGACAUGUGUAUUCAAAAUAUCCCGACUUUGAUCUGUCACACAAAAAAGAAUUCAUCAAAACGACGGUGAAAUCGUUGAUUUCAACAUAAAAAGCCAUCGUCAAUUGCAACCAAUUGUGAGCUAUAACAAGUUUCGGUUUAGUUAUAUAAGUGGAAGAGGCCCAAACAGAUUGCGUCAACAACUAAACACACAUAAAAUAAGGAAACACACACAAACACAAAACAUAUAAACUCAUUGACAACUAUACACAUGAUAAUUCCAAUAGAAUUGACCAGAAUUCUCUCGAUAAAUCAUAUCCAACAAUGUUAUAACUCCCUUACUUGCAAAUUUAUUCUCUUUAUUAUUAUUAUUUUUUUUUGUCCAAUUUUCUUAAGCACAUAAAAUCUACACAAUGUGGUAGACCAUUUUUCUUUGAUUUAAAUUGUACAUUAAAAAAUGAUUUUGAUCUUUAUUUCUUUUGCUAAUUUUAGAAGAUAAAUAAUCUGUACUGAAACAAAAAAAAAAAAAAAAAAAAAAAA